AUGUCCGACAACCCUGGAAACCGAGGCGGCGGCGGCUCUCGUGGCGGCGGCCCCAGAGGCGGCGGCAAUGAUGGUGGCGGUCCUCGUGGCGGUGGCUAUCGCGGACGCGGCAACCGUGGUGGUGGCAUCAGAGGCGGCGGCAAUGACGGCGGCCAGGACUCUGCACCUCGCCACAACCCUGAUUCAUCGCGUGGUGGUGGCCAAAGUGGCGGCGGCGGUCCUCGAGAUAAUACUGCUCUUCCCUAUCGUGAAGCUCGAGGCGACAGCAGUGGAGGCCAAGGCCGCGGCGGCAAUCGAGGACGCGGUGGUUAUGAUGGAGGGCGUGGCGGCAGUCGAGGUCGCGGUGGCUAUGAUGGAGAGCGUGGUGGCAGUCGAGGUCGCGGUGGCUAUGAUGGAGAGCGUGGUGGCAGUCGAGGCCGUGGCUAUGGCCGAGGCGGCGAUGGUGGCAAUCGCGGUCGUGGCGAGGGUGGUCGUGGUAGAGGUCGUGGUCGGGGCAGGGAUGAGACGACUGGCCGAGUCUUCAGUGCCCCCGGCCAAACCCCUGAACCGGAUGCUGCCAUCAAUGCACUUGAGAACCAGGUCGUCUUGGCGCAGUGGAAGGAGCUGGAAACGACUCUGAAGCAGAAGGGGCCCACCAAAAAGCUCUUUGGUGAAAAUCUGCCUGCUCGGCCUGCUUUCGGAAACCAAGGCCAAAAUAUUAAGGUGUGGGCUAAUUACUUUGGCGUGGCAGCCAAGCCUAUCACGUUGUACAAAUACGGGCUCAAAAUCACCAAAGUCAUCUCUGCAGAAGAUAAGAAGGCGAAGGGCUUUAAAGAGCCGGAGAUUCGUGGCAGAAGGCUGCAGCUUGUCAUUGCGAAACUUCUCGAAGUGCUUCGGGAUGGGCCGGAGCAGGCUAUUCGCACGUCUGAGGACGAGAUGAAGCUGGCCGAGCAGGCGCUGAAACAGGCACAGAAGACAGGCGACAAGAAAGCUAUUGCUGAGGCCAAGGGGGAAGUCAAGGAGGCCAAGGAAUAUGCUGCACUGCUCAAGAAGGAGUCCGAGGCAGCGAAGAGGGACAACAAACUUGUCAUCAGCGAAUUCAAGAGCCAGAUCGUGUCCUUGAAGGAGCUGCACCUGAGCCAUAACCCUGUCCGUGUGGAGUUGCUCGAAGAUGCCUUGGAAGACGGAGCCGACCCUCGCCGGGACGAGUUCGAUGUUGAGCUCUUGCAAGCAAUGCCUGUGAACUUGUCCGAAGUCCUCAACCACGUGGCCUCAAUGACCCUGCCCAAGGAUGACAACGUGUUCCCCCGCCACCCGGAAGAAGUGGAUGUGCUCAACAUGAUCCUCGGCUUUCGCCCACGAUCCAACAUUGACGGCGUCAGCGUUGUUGGGUCGUCAAGGUUCUUUCCACUCGGCAGUGAGGCGAAAAGCCAAGCACUUACAGUGGACUGGCGUCCUCUUAUUGCUGCUAGAGGGUUCUUCCAAUCUACUCGUCUGGCGACGGGCAGGCUCCUCCUCAACACGCAGGUAACGCAUGGCGUUUUCAGGCUCUCUGGACGGGCUACGGAGAUCUUUGAAACGCUGAGUAUCAAACCUUUCCAAAACAACGCUCAAAACUACAGGCACCUGAAAACGGUGAAAGCAUUUUCCAAGUGCUUGAGCAAGGUGCGGGCUCUAGUCACAUUUAAGACUGCAAGCGGCCGUGAAGUAAAGCGUGUGAAGACCAUCGAGGGCCUAGUAUUUGCAUCCGAAAUGUCCAGGAAGCGAAGCAACAGGGGCAGAAACGCUGAUCGAUUCACCUCUGGCUGGGAGCUCUGCGGUCCGGCACACGUCGAGUUCUGGAAAGCGGACGAGAACAGGCAUGUGACAGUCAAGGAGCAUUUCGAAUCAAAGUACAAUCUACCGCUGCAGAACUAUCCGCUCUUCAAUUUUGGCAGGGGCGAUAACACCUCUUACUUUCCCGCUGAAGUCGUUGAGAUCCUCCCAGGACAAGCAGCGAAAUUGAAACUGACAGGAAAAGAGACCACUGAGAUGCUUGAUUUUGCCUGUCGAUCACCAUUUUCUAACGCCGAAACUCUCGUCAAUGAGAGUCGCCAGCGGUUGGGCCAUGAUGAUCCUCUACUUCAGCAACUUGGGGUAUCUGUUUCUAAAAGCCUCCUUGCUGUGCAUGCUCGGAUCCUUGCCCAACCAGCGGUUUGCUACCAAGGCGGCCCUGUCAAGGUCGAAUAUGGAAGCUGGAACAUGAAUAAGGUUCGCGUUUCCAAACCCGGCCGAAAGAUUGAGAAGUGGGCGUAUGUGAAUUUUACGCCCAUCCACUCAACAAAAGUCGAUGCCAUGAUCGAUGCCUGGCAGAGCAUGGGCAUUCUAAUAAACGGUUCGGCAACUUAUCACAAGGAUCUCGGUCAGCGUCGUGACCCGGUUCAUGAAAUGGAUGGAAUCUUCAAAGAAUGUCAGGACAAAGGCGUGCAACUCAUCAUUUUCAUUUUGUUCACGAAGGACUCUGGAGGAUUAUAUAACCGCAUCAAGACUCUUGGCGAUUGCAUCUACGGCAUUCAUACCAGCUGUAUUGUCUCGAAACAAGUUGACCCCCCACCCCGUGAGGGGAAGCCGGGCGGUGCGCAACCCGGCACAUUGGCGAACAUCGGAAUUAAGGUCAAUCUCAAAUUUGGGGGUGUGAACCACAAGCUUUCCAACAACAUUGAUAUCUUGAAGGGAGGAAAAACUAUGUUUGUGGGCUACGAUGUCACGCAUCCUACCAAUAUGGACAUUCCCAAGAAUGGCAACGGACCCCCAAGCUUGGUUGGCUUAGUUUCAAGCGUUGAUAACGAGCUUGGGCAAUGGCCGUCCGUCACUUGGGAGCAGGCGUCAAAACAAGAGAUUCUCGGCGAUGUGUUGGAAGGUCAUUUUGCGAGUCGCAUUGGUCUCUGGCAAAAGAACAACAAAGGCAAGACCCUCGAGAAUAUUGUCAUUUAUCGCGAUGGAGUGUCGGAAAGCCAGUUCUCGACAGUUCUCAAAGACGAGCUGCCGUUGAUUCGAAAGGCGUGCGAGAAGAAGUUGCCCAAAAACCCGCCGAACCUCACCGUCAUCGUCUCCGUCAAGCGCCACCAGACUCGCUUCUACCCUGCCGACGGCAACAAGGUCAGAUCCGGCAAUGUGCUGAACGGCACCGUUGUCGACCGAGGCGUGACCCAAGCCCGCUACUGGGACUUCUAUCUCACGGCUCACGACGCCCUCAAGGGAACGGCGCGCCCGGCGCACUAUACCGUGUUACUGGAUGAGAUUUUCCGCCCGAGAUACCACCAAGAGGCUGCCAAUGCGCUGGAGAAGGUAACUCAUGAGCUCUGCUAUCUGUUUGGCAGAGCCACCAAGGCUGUUAGCAUCUGUCCGCCUGCAUACUAUGCCGACUUGGUUUGCGAGCGAGCUCGCGCCCACCGACCCGAGUACGCCGGCCCCGAUGAUGCGAGCGAACUGUCUGGUUCCAGUUUCACCGGACCUGCCAGGUCGCGCGAAAUUCACGAGAAUCUCAGAGAUAGCAUGUUUUACAUUUAG